AUGGAAUCAGAAUUGUGCAACACUAUACCCAAGUGCCCAUCGCAACCCGAGGCUUUCCAGGCAACACUGAAUGAAACCGAAAUAUUUAUACAAUAUUGGUACGAUUACAAACUCAACUGGGACCCAAAGGAAUAUGGAGGAGUAGAGAUGCUGCACGUUCCUUCUGACCACAUCUGGAGACCGGACAUUGUACUUUAUAACAAUGCUGACGGCAACUUCGAGGUGACCCUCUCUACCAAGGCGACGCUCAGUUACAACGGCUUGGUAGAGUGGAAGCCGCCAGCCAUUUAUAAGUCGUCGUGUGAGAUCGACGUCGAGUAUUUUCCCUUCGACGAGCAGACGUGCGUUAUGAAGUUCGGCUCAUGGACCUACGACGGGUUUCAGAAGCGACAGAGGAUGCAGUUGGCAGAGUAUACGAAACGGUUUUUCAAGGAAGAGUCGCGUCUUAGGAUGUCUUACAAGGAAGGGCGUCGUAGGAAUCUCACUCUAUAUUCAAAUGUGACACAGGAGGAUGAACGGACUUAUUUCUAA